AUGAACGACCUGACGGACACGCCUCCGUACUCGAGAAGCGUCACGUCGACUGCGCCCAGCUCGCCGCGAAUUCCUCCCCAGCGACAGAACUCUGGCAGCCAGACUCCGCGAGUUCGGCCCCAUGCGACGACGCUCAAUAUUCCGGGCAUGACCAGGUCCAAGGUCUCUCCCGACGGACGAAUCCCCCAGCGCGAUGUGGCAGCCAAGCUUGUCAUUGUCAUGGUCGGCCUGCCCGCCCGUGGAAAAUCUUACAUCACAAAGAAGCUGCAGCGCUACCUGACUUGGCAGCAGCAUGAAUCGCGCAUCUUCAACGUGGGUAACCGACGACGCAAGACGGCCGGUCGCAAAGUCUCAAUCCACCCCAAGCUGGCCCCAGAACCCGAUUGCCUUGACCCUCCUGUUCAGGCCGCCGAGAUUUUGCUGAAUGGCUUCCCGGCUCCCAGCGACGGCUUGAGCCCCCGAGGCCGAGACGAGCCUACUGAGUUUGAUCUAAAUCAAGCCAUCGACGAGCAGAAGGAGGCUGAUCAAUCGGCGCUUUUCUUCGAUCCCAAGAACGAAAAGGCAGCAGCCAUGAGAGAGCAGGUGGCAAUGGACACCUUGGACGAGUUGUUAGACUACCUCUUGAAUGAGGGCGGUGCGGUUGGCAUUCUUGAUGCCACCAACAGCACGAUUGCGCGAAGGCAGCAUGUGGUUGACCACAUCAAGCAGAGAGAACCCAAACUUGGCAUUCUGUUCAUUGAGAGCAUUUGUCAUGAUAAAGACCUGCUUGAGGCAAACAUGCGCCUGAAGCUUUCUGGCCCGGAUUAUCGGGAUAGAGACCCCAUCAAGUCGCUGGAGGACUUCAAGGCUCGAGUGGCCGCCUACGCCAGCGCAUACCAGCCCCUCGGAGACUACGAGGAAGAGCACGAUAUGCAGUACAUUCAGAUGGUUGAUGUCGGCCGAAAGCUGAUUCAGCACAGGCUCAAGGGAUUCUUAAGCGGUGGGCUUAGCACCUACCUCUCGAGCUUCAAUCUCGCCCCCCGACAAAUUUGGAUCACCAGACACGGCCAGAGCCUCGACAAUGAGCUGGGCAGAUUAGGUGGUGACGCGCCUCUUACCGAGAAAGGCCACUACUACGCCCAGGCUCUUCAUCGCUUCAUCACACAGAAGCGAAAGGAGUGGAUCAUAGAGCAGAAGAGCAAGAUGGCGCAGGCGACAUUUCCCCCUCUUCCUGGCGACAACACUCCCCCUUACCCCGACAUGUACAGCGAUGUCGACGACAAGAACUUCUGCGUCUGGACGUCAAUGCUGCAACGCAGCGUAGAGACAGCCGAGUACUUUGAUGUCGACGACGACUACGACGUCAAGAACUGGGAAAUGCUAAACGAGCUCAACUCUGGCCAAUUUGAGGGAAUGACUUAUAAGGAGAUUGCGCAAAAGUGCCCCGAGGAGUUCAAGAAGCGUGCCCAGGAUAAGCUUAAUUAUAUCUACCCGGGUGUUGGUGGCGAGGGGUACCUCCAGGUUAUCAGCCGCCUUCGCGACAUGGUGCGGGAGAUUGAGCGCAUCACAGACCACGUUCUCAUCAUUGGGCACCGGUCCGUCUGCCGCGUCCUGAUGGCCUACUUCAUGGACCUGACGCGAGAGGACAUUACCGAUAUGGAUGUGCCUUUGGGCAUGCUUUAUUCGAUCGAGCCCAAGCCUUACGGUAUUGCCUUCCAUGCCUACCGCUAUAACGACGUGCGAGGCUGGUUCGAGGAGCUUCCCAAUUACAGGCCUCAGAAGGCUGCUAGAGGCACCGUCUGAUGGCUUCUAUUUUGUGUGGUCACUUUUAUCCUCCAUUCUCCAUCUUUUUUUUUUUUUCUUUUUUUUUUUUCUUUACUGUCUCUUAAGAUAUCCGCCGGGAUAAGCAGGCCAGGCAAUGCAUUAGCUGUACAAUAUUAACGGAAACAAAUCUUGGCGUUGGAACGGCACACGCGGAAGGAUCGCGAUGCUUACAGGGGAAUGGACACAUUAAUUCAGGGAGAAACAGGACACACAAGCAUAACACGAACAACUGCAGCUCUUUCAUUCUUCAGGCAGAGGAUGAGGAAGAGUAGCCGUUGAUCACGGGUGGGCACAAGUCUGCCUUUGCAUUGGGGGGCAUUGAAAAUGCCUUGCUAUUUGUCUUUUUUUCCUUUCUUUUGUCACUUUUCUUCUUUUUCUUUUAACUGCCUUGAUUCAUGUUAGGCAAGCUCCGUGGCGUUUAAGGGGAGGUAAUCAGGAACGAAGGAAAUGUGGUACUUUAGCCGGCUUAUGGACUUGAUUUUUGUUGCUUUCUUCUUCUUCUCUCUGUCGGAUUUCGGAUGCCGACUUUUGUUACUUUCUACGAUGAAGACUAGAUGGGGAAAAAAGUUGCGUACCUUUUGUCUUUCAUGUUUGUUUGUUCUUCUCUUUUCAAGCACAGAACGAAAAGUAUUGGAAGAUGUCGUUUUUUCUUCGCGUCUAGUUGAGAUAGAUUUAGCUUGUCUCUCGAAUGAAGAGGCGAUAUAGUAUUUUCAUCACAGAAUUGACUGCUUGACUUGAAGAGAAAUUUUAUGAUAAUGAUUGCGCCUGUCUUGCUAUAUCUUUUAACGAAUAAUCUUUUGAUUCGUCAGUGCUACUGGCAAAUAUGAUGCUACAAAAGUCCAGUCCAUUAUGUAUCUCGUAGAACAAAGCAAUAACCCCCUUUUUAAAUCCUGAACGCCGUGCCAUGCAACUACCGUAAGGUCUCCCUUUUUUACGUUUUGGUAUAAAAACCCUUGACAAGCAAACAGUAACCACUGUCCCAAUAACCCAGCAACCUUUCUGUCUUUUUUUACUUUUCUCGAGCCAGCACCAUCUUUUCUCUCUCGCCCUUGCGUGCUUGGAACUGCUUGCUCGAGUGCUUCCGCUCGUUCUCCUCCUUUCGCUUGAUGGACUUGAGCUCCUCGUUCUUGAUCUCGCCGGCCUUCUUGAUGACCUUUGGCAGGUGACGGUGGCGCUUGAUGCGGUUGAUCUCGGGCAUGUGUCCGAAGCGCUUAACGAGGGCAUCGUUGUACUCGAGGGCCUGGCGGUGGCGGGCCGACUUGAUGCCCUGGCGCUGGGAGGCGUUUGCGCGCCAGAUGCGCAC